AUGUCUGCCAUGUCUAUCUCAGCUAAUUUACAAGAACCCGAACAUUCCGGACUGUUGAAGUUUUUAUCUGCUGCGUUCUACGCUAUCAGUUCUUUUUUGAUCAUUGUUGUGAACAAAACGAUUCUCACAAACUACAGGUAAGGUCCUUUCGUCACUGCAAUUACUGUGCACAACAAAUAACAUGCUAAAUGAACAUGACAAUUUGAGGCUCAAACAGGCAGCCAGUUAUAAUGGGUUACCUUCAGUAUUGUAUUGUUUAUAGGCUACAUCUUGACAUCUUGAUUAUCCAAUAACAUUUCUUUCCUCUCUCUUAGAUUUCCCUCCUACAUGUUUCUAGGAAUUGGCCAGGUAGCCUAUACUGUAUCUCAAUUAAGGAUUCUUGAGGUAGAAGUUGCACCACAGAUCUAGGAUCAGAUUACCUUCCCCUAUCAUAACCAAUCCAAAUUGUUGAUGAAAUAACAUCUGACCAUUAUCAGUAGCAUAACAUAAUCUACAUCGAGUGUGGAAUUGCCAUCUUUUCAUGAAUAUUGAUCCCCCCUAUCCCCUUUUUACAGAUGACCACUACAAUCCUCAUUCUAUAUGUUGCUAAAAUGAACCAAACAGUUCACUUCCAAGACUUUGACAGAAGCAUUCUCGUCAAAGUAAGUGAUUUCCCCCUUGUUUUAUUCUUGUUUUAAUCUUCUGUCUGUCUGUCACAGAAGCAUACAACAAAAGGUGAACCACAAUAAGCCACAAAAGGAUACAAUGUAAAAAAAAAUAAUGUUUUGCCAUUUGCCAACAUGUCAAUAUAAUAAUCUUGAUUUCAUUAAUUGAAUACAUUCUUGACAUACAGAUUUUCCCCCUACCGCUGCUGUAUGUUGGAAACCACAUAACAGGACUGGCUAGUACAAAGAAGUUAAGGUACAAUGGAGUCUAAAUGCAUGAGUGAAACUUAAUGCAUUAGUUUCAGAAAUCGUCUCAAUUACAGUGUGUACAAUUUAAACAACACCCCCUACUCAUAGGGACUUAGGCCUGGGCACCAAGCACUUUGUGACAAAUGCAUUUAUAAAAAAGCAGAUCAAAUAUUAAUGAUUGAUUGACUUGAUCCAUUGAUCCUUCUACAGCUUACCCAUGUUCACAGUACUAAGGAAGUUCACCAUAUUGAUGACAAUGAUCAUGGAAGCAAGGCUAUUGAGGUUUGUGGCCAUUUUUCCACAUGUAUACUUUACUGUCAUAACUGCUCAUCUUUUACAGUUCAGCCUUAUAGUACUAACAUGUGAAUUUACAUUUCCUCUCCAGAAAAACGUUCCCUAAUCGUCUGAUCUACAGUGUUCUGGCUAUCGUUUUUGGAGCUUUAGUGGCUGCCAGGUAGUUCCAAUAGGUUGCCAACCCUGAUAUGCUGCUAAUAAACGUUCACACUGUUAACAUAUUCCUGUCUAGCGAGCUACCCUCCUUUAGAUAUUACCUCUGAAAACAUCUAUAGAACUUCAAAGGAAGUCACUGAUUAUCUUCAUUACCGUUACGAAUAAAAUGUACCCCUUAUUUUCUCCCAUAGCUCUGACUUGGCCUUUGAUGCAGAGGGCUACAUGUUCAUUCUGCUUAAUGAUGUCUUCACUGCUGCCAGUGGUGUGUACACCAAGAAGAAGCUGGCAACUGAGGUAGGACACAUUGUAGCCACACUAUAUGUCCUCCAUCUGUUUUCCCUAUUAACAUGUAGACCAGGGCAAUUAAGAAGGGAUAAAGCAUUGAUUGGAGCACGUAAACAUACCUUGUUUACCCGUCAUCAAAUUAAAAAUCCCAGAAUGGUUCUGGGUACUGUGAAAAUACCAAGCACUUGGACUAGAUUCUCCUUACAGGUAGAUACUUCCAGUUUUCAGAUUAAGUGAUUCUUAAACAGGCACAGGAGACUGCAUACAUAUUUCUACGGCAGGUUGAAUGAAUCUAGUCCUUAGUAUUGCAACAAUCGAUAACUAUUUAUAUAGUACAUUUACAUCCUGCAUGUUUACAUUCCAGCCAAGUGAGGAAAGGUGAAGUGAGGUGUUGCUAAAAGAGUGACCUGUGCUCUAUUGCUUACAAUGUAUAGGGUCUCAAUUUCCAGGCUAAGUGAUGUUGUUUCAUUUAGUUGGACGCCCACCCUUAAAGUAAACAGUGCAAUAUGCGUAACCUGCUUGUACUGUGGAUCACUGUACCUUUAAGCUCCAGCAACACUCUCCUCUUAUGGUUGAACAUUUGAGGAGUUGAAUAGCGAAGUGUUUUGUGUAAUUCUGAUUCACAUGAAAUCUAAUUUUCUAUUUCUUUAAGGGUCUUGGAAAAUAUGGGAUCUUAUUUUACAAUGCAUUCAUCAUUGUCAUCCCAACUCUUCUGGCGAGUGCAUUCACUGGGGAUUUACACAAGGUAAAUGGAUUUCCUGUUUUCUCAGGAUAGGCAUCACUUUUAGGCACAGAUCUAGGAUCAGUUAAUUCCUGUCUGUCUGUCUCUCUGUCAGUCUGACCCAAUGUUUGUGUGUUUGUUUUACGUUGACAGGCCAUCACAUAUGAACACUGGUUGAAAACCCCCUUUGUUUCUUGCUUCCUUAUGUCCUGCAUCAUGGGGUAAGUCAGUGUACAAGUUACUAAAAGAGAAACUGGCAACAUAUCCCUUUUUAUAUGGCUGUUAAAGGGGGAUUAUUCCACUUCUGUAAUAGCCAUUAGCCAUGACGUUGUCCCAUUGGGCUCCAUUGUUGCCAACACAACUUCCCCUAACAAUUCUUAGAACAUAUUUUUUUAAAAGUCAUACAAAAGGCCCCUACUACCAUCCAUUGUAGAGCAAUAUUUCAUAAACAUAUUAGAAGGACAAAUAACCGCCAAAAAAGAGGUGUCUCAGUUAUAUAAAAGGUUACAGAUGACCACAUCUGAACACGCGGGAUGUUAAAGGAAAAUGUGAACUAGAAAUGAAUGUGGUGGUGGAAGAUGAGUCAUGGGGGAGAAUAUGUGAAAGUAGUCACAAAUGCACCACGCCCAGCGUGGAGGGAGUUUGACUGGAAAGUGAAGAUGAGAUACUUUAAAACACCUUUGUUGAUAUUGAAAUGUAGAUUUUUUUUUUAAAGCUUCAGCUCUAUAUUGGAGGGGCUGUGGACAAAUAUGAGACCGCACACACAUCUUCUGGUACUGUCCAAAGUUACAAGGGUUCUGGAAGACCAUAAAAAAAGAAAGAAGUGAAGAAAAUCCUAGACAUUGAGUUACACUGGAACCAAUGUUCAUUUUAUUGGGGGUAAUACCUUGUAACCUGGAAGAUAAAAACCAAAUGUACAUAUUAAGGGCACUGUUAGUGAUUGCACAGAAAAUGAUUAUGUUCAAUUUUCUCAAACCACAGCCGCCAACUGUAAAUCAAUGGACUAACUGAAACAUUUGUAAAUUAUGGAGAAUAUGACAGCCAGGUUGCAACUAAAGAUGGAUACUUUUUUGUCGAAAUGGACUCCCAUCAGAUUGUACCUUGCCCGAUAACUGUAUGGACAAAAAGAGGGACAUAUGUGGGGGUUUGUAGAAUAAUUCCCUUCAUUUAAUGACACUGAAGUAAACUCCUGUAAUUAUUAGUAUUAUUACUUAUUUUGGUCCUUUUACGGAUGUUUUUUAAAAGAAAUUACUUAAUUUUUAGAAUUUGUAUUCUUCUCUUUCCUUUCUCUUCCAAAAAUUAUGACAUCAAGGAUCGUUCACAUGGUAUUCUAUAAUGUAUAUUUGAACUUGAAAAAUAAAGACAUGUUAAAAAAACAAAAGGCCCCUACUAGAGGGUGGUGGUCUUAUUAAUAAUAAAAAAUAAUAAUAAAUAAUAAUAAUAAUAAUAAUAAUAGAAAACGUAUGAAAUGUAAGUAUAGCAUGAUAAAAAGUUAUGCCUCUGUUUAAGGUUUGUGCUGAUGUAUUCCAUAGUGCUGUGUAGCCACUACAACUCUGCACUCACUACCACAGUGGUGGGAGCAAUUAAGGUAAGAAGAACACAUGUGGACCAGUAACAUGUGGGUCAAUAUGUUUGUUCCUAACAUUUCGGGGCUGUGUUGACACAGCUGGGUCGGGUUCAAUGAGCACAAAAGGGGAUUUUUUUUUCUUUUCAAAUGCACAAUCCUCUUCUGAUAAUUUCCUUCUCAUGAGUCCACAUACCCAUGAAUAUCAUGCCAAGGCAACUAGUAUAUCAAGAUCAUUGUUUUCCGCAGAACGUUGCUGUGGCCUACAUCGGCAUGUUUUUAGGUGGAGACUACCUGUUUUCAUGGACAAACUUCCUGGGGUUAAAUAUUUGGUAAGAACGGAUGCGUUUCCAAGUCGUGACACAUUAGCACAAGAACACUGUUGCUAUGCCAUUCUGUUGAAGUUAUUGCCGAUGUCCAACUCUAUAGUGCUCUCUUCUCGUCAGUAUAUCAGGGGGACUUGUGUAUUCCUACCUGACGUUCCACAGCAGCAGCAAACCAUCCCAAAGCGAUGAAAGUGGAAUACAGGGAAAUCAGCUGAUGAUUCCCAUGAUGGAAGAUUCCACAGACAGACUCCCUGUGAAAUAAGUGAAUAAACCUGUGAUGAACUAGGUGAGACGUGAUGCCUUAGUCUCUUUUUCUG